CCUUCAAUAAUUCCAAGUUUUCACAGCACCCUUUUUCGCCACCACCAUCAACACAACAACAUCAACGACAAUAACAACCAGAACAACAACAAACCCUCUAAGCUUUUCUGCUCAUAAAUCUUACAUUCAUUUCCUUCCCCCCUUCCCCACAUUUUCAUUUCUCUUUCUAUUUCUUUUACAAAGCUCUCUAAAAACAAAAGAAGGAAAAAAAACAAAACACAAAAAUUCUACCGCCGGAACCACCGGUGUCUGAAAAAUCCAGUUAUUCACAAAAAAAGGGGGGAAAAACAUUUUAUUUAAAAUUAGGGUUUGUUUUUCUAAUUCCCCAAUCAUGGGCAACGCAUCGAGUAGCGGCGGCACCACCCGUCGGCGACAUGUUGUUUCUAGAAGGACUCAUCCACCGCCUCCUCCUCCGGUGACGCCGCAGCCGGAGAUCACCUCCAAUCCCUUCCUGUAUCCCGGAGGCAACCCGUACCCGGCUCAGUACCCGAACCAGAACCGUCCGAUGCAAUACCCGCAGUACCCUUACCCCGCUUACUACCCUCCGCCGCCGACGGUGCCCUUCCCCCACCACAACCAGCACCAGCACCAACACCAGCCUCAAAUGGGGGUCGGGUGGGUUGGCGGCCGAGGUUACCCUUGCGGGACCAUGGUGGCUCCUCCAGCACCUAUCGUGGAGCACCAGAAGGCCGUGACAAUCAGGAACGACGUAAAUGUCAAGAAGGAAACAUUGAAGAUCGAGCCCGAUGAGGAGAACCCUGGCCAAUUCCUCGUCUCAUUCACGUUUGACGCCACGGUUUCUGGCUGCAUCACAAUUUAUUUCUUUGCGAAAGAAAAUGAAAGCUGCAUUCUAACACCAGUGAAAGAAAACCUUCUCGCACCCAUGACGGUUAAUUUUCAGCAAGGUCUUGGCCAGAAGUUCAGGCAGCCUGCUGGAAGUGGUAUUGAUUUUAAAAUGUUGAAUGAGACAGAAUUAUUGCAAGUGGGUGAGAUGGAUGUCUACCCUCUAGUAGUAAAGGCAGAUGCAUCUCCUAGUAAUACCAAUGGAUCUGAUGAAACUACAACAUCUAAUACCAGAAACUCGCAGAUAACACAAGCAGUGUUUGAGAAGGAGAAAGGUGAAUUCCGGGUAAAAGUUGUCAAGCAGAUUUUGUGGGCAAAUGGAAUGAGGUAUGAGUUGCAGGAGAUAUACGGUAUUGGAAGUUCAACAGAGACUGGUGCAGAUGAGAGUGACCAGGGGAAAGAAUGUGUCAUCUGUUUGACAGAGCCUCGCGACACAAUUGUGCAUCCCUGCCGACAUAUGUGCAUGUGUAAUGGAUGCGCAAAGGUUUUGAGGUUCCAGACAAAUAGAUGCCCAAUUUGCAGACAACCAGUUGAGAGGCUUUUGGAGAUAAAGGUAGGACCUGAGGAAUGAGGAAUUUAUAUUGGUUGCCCCUCAAUAUUCUGUACAGCCCAAGUGUUAUACUUUAGUACUUCUCCCUGUUUCAUUCAUUUCUAGGUUUCUGCCUCAUUUUUCUUCCAUAAUCAGGGGGGAAAAAAAUUGUAGAAUGAAUCUUAUGUAUGAUGACAUGAGGUUUAACAUGGUGAACAGGCUCGCUUUGCA